ACUGCAGCAGCACUGAAAACACACAACACGUUAAACUGAAAUGAAACUGCAAAGAGGCGCAUGAAACACAGGAAGCUUCUUCAUGGACUAAAAGUGGAGACAAAAACUGGAAUUGAGAUUUUCUACAUAUGUGAUAGAAAUCUGAUACCAGAAACGGAGCAUUUUUAAAAAUCACCAGAGUUAGUGGUGAAAAUGCAGAAGUCAGAGAUGUUUGGCUUCGCUCUGGAGGCGGAUGACAGGACAGAGGAGGAGAAAUCGCUGAAAAAAGCAGCAAAGAAGGAUGGUCUGGCUUCCUCUUUGGGUUUGUGCAAGGAGGCCCCUAAAGCUCCCAUGGACACUGAUUACCAAGAGGAAAUGGAAGAUAUCAAACCUACAAUCAGAUUUAAUCUCAAUUUUGACAAGAGGAUUCGAGGUGAGGAGCAGGACACUCGGAAAGACAGCACAAAAUUUACUAUUGAGCGAUUGUUUGAAGCGGUAGCCAGCAGGGAUGUCAGAAAGCUGGACGGCCUUCAUGAGUACCUGCACAGAAACAUGAAGAAACUCUCAGACUCUUUGUAUCGGUCCUAUGGUAAAACCACACUGAUGAAAGGUCUGCUGCACCUCAAAGAUGGCAACAACAUGACUGUACAGAUGUUACUGGACAUUUCAGAGAAGAUGGGUGACAUUAAGGAGUUUGUGAAUGCAGCUUACACAAGCCCCUACUAUAAAGGUCAGACAGCUCUACAUAUUGCCAUUGAGAGGAGAAGUAUUACCUAUGUGCAGCUCCUGGUUAAAAAAGGUGCAGACGUCCACGCCAGAGCCUGCGGGAAGUUCUUUCAGCCUCAUGACGGUCCUUACUUCUACUUUGGUGAGCUUCCACUGUCUCUAGCAGCGUGCACCAACCAGCCUGAGAUGGUGGACUACCUCAUGGAGAACGAGUAUCAGCAAGCAGAUGCUAUGCUGAGGGACUCUCAGGGCAACACAGUGCUGCAUGCCCUGGUGGUGGUUGCCGACAACUCAAAGGAGAACACAGACUUCAUCACCAGCAUGUACGACCGCAUCCUCACCACCACUGCUAGACUGCAUCCUAAAGUGAAGCUGGUGGACAUUGAGAACAACAAGGGGCUGACGCCUCUCAAAAUGGCAGCCAAGACUGGCAAGAUUGGGAUUUUUUCACACAUUUUAAAAAGGGAAUUCCACCAGAGUCACACCAAACAUUUGUCACGUAAAUUCACUGAGUGGGUUUAUGGACCCGUCCAUUGCUCUCUGUUCGACUUGGCCUCUGUGGACUCAUAUGAGAACAACUCUGUUUUGGAGAUACUGGUCUACGGCAGCGGCAUUCCAAACCGCCAUGAAAUGCUCCAGACUGAGCUACUGAGCCGACUGCUGGAGGAGAAGUGGAAGAGGUUUGCAGGUCGAUUGUUCUUCCUCCAGUUCUUGGUUUACUUGUUGUACCUGGCUAUCUUCACUAUAGUAGGAUACAAUAAGAAAGAUGAUAAGCCACCAUUUCCAAUUGAGUACAACACGUUGGGUUACCUGUAUUUUGCAGGCCAGGUGCUGGUACUUGUGGCAAACUGCUAUUUCUUUAUCUUGGGGAUUGUAGACAUGAGGAGGAAACGCCCCAAACUGCAAACACUGCUGGUUGAUGGAUACUAUGAGAUUCUCUUUUUUGUGCAGGGCAUUCUCUUCCUGAUAUCCACCGGGCUGUAUCUGGGAGGGCGGCAGGAGUACCUUGGCUUCCUGGUGAUGUGUCUCGCUUUCAGCUGGGUGAACGUGCUCUACUACUCCAGGGGUGACAAACACAUGGGCAUCUACAGCGUCAUGAUACAGAAGAUGAUUCUCAGUGAUAUUCUGCGCUUUCUUUUUGUCUACUUAGUCUUCCUCUUUGGAUUUUCAGCAGCGGUGGUUACCCUGCUUAUAGAGCCUCCUGAGAAAAACACCACUGCAACUCGAGCAACUCGUUUUUUUGAGCACACUGGUCCUAGUGAGGACUGUGUCAAAGUCUCGUACAGAAACAUCUCCUACACCACACUACAGCUCUUUAAGUUCACCAUAGGCAUGGGCGAUAUGGAAUUCACUCAGGACUACCAGUACAAGGAGAUCUUCUAUGUGCUCCUCAUCGGCUACAUCAUUCUCACCUACAUCCUGCUGCUCAACAUGCUCAUCGCUCUCAUGAACCGCACCGUGGAAAAGAUCACCAUGGAGAGCGCCAGCAUCUGGAAGCUGCAGAGAGCCAUCACUAUCCUGGACAUGGAGAGAAGAUUGCCUUUCUGUCUGAAGGAGAGGUUUCGCUGUGGGGUGAAGAAAAAUCUUGGCACUGAAACUGGAGAUGAUCACCGCUGGUGUUUCAGAGUGGAGGAAGUCAACUGGAACAAAUGGAACAUCAACCUGGGCAAAAUCGAUGAGGAUCCGGGAUAUUGGGAUUGCACCCAGUCACCUGACUCAGAGUCCACUCCAAGAAGACCAAACAGAGGGAGGAGCUGGAGAGGCUUGUUUGCCGGCAGUAGGCGGGUGCAGACUUAUCAGUCCACAGAGAUGAGCCUCUUGCCCGUUUGAAGAGCCAAUAAAAGAGGUUCACCAUGGCUGCUCAGCUUGCCUGGAUGAGCAACAAGGCACUUGGAUCUAAACACUGUAUUUCAUUUAAUUUCCCAAGAAAUUUAACUGCCAAAUGAAUGAACUAAUUUUCUGACCGACUGAUGCUCCACUGUGUCAGCUUCAUUUCAUAUUUAGUCUUCAAGGCAGUAUUUCACUAGAAUGAGCAGUAAUGACUAAAUGUGUUGUUACUUUUGACAUAAUUAUAUGAAAAAGAAGACUUCAUGAAGGCAAAUUAAACAAUUCAUCCAGAGGAUUGUUCACAGGCUGUUGCUGUACAUGAACAGGAUGUCCACACUCUGCAGACACCUGCCUCAAAACCUCUCAUGGAGUAAUUCUGAUCACCGAGGUGCUGAUCCAGCUCUCCCGCUGAGUGCCCUUUAUACAAGACCCCAUUUUAAUCACGGCCAGACAAACUAAAUCGACUGCCUCCAGAUAGUCCUGCGUAUUUCACAGCUUGCUUUGUCUACUGGACUUCCUCUUGCCACUUGGCAGAGGCAGGCCUGGAUAAAUGACAUGGAAGCAAAUGCUGCUCAAAGUGGCUGCAGUUACAAACUAUACAUGAUUUAGUUUCAACCGGCGGGACACUUGUGUGGUUAAUGUAACAGUAGUGUGAAUAGUGAGCUACCCAGUCAGAAAACUACCAUUAAGACUGAAUUCAGACCCAUUUCAAAGCAUAAAUUAGAAUUUUAUUUUAUUAUUACAAUAUUACAAAAAGAGUAACAACUCUCACGCUCUUGCCUCUUAUCUGUCGUACAGAAUGACACAAAAGAAAGGCCCGUGGACCUUCUUCCAUUUUCACAGCAAUAGUACAAGAAAAAGAAGAAAAUAAAUUUAAAUAACAAGCAAAUCAAGUAUCAUAAAUAGUCACAACUGCAAACUGAAACU